UGCAAUGCGACGUGCCUUGAGGCGAACAUCAAGCAUUCCAACUACACCCACCAUACAGCAAGUACUGUAACUGUUGACCAUGAAGCUGAUAGACUCCAAUAAGCUGACCGGCGCAGUUUUACCUGCGUGUAUACAUGUUUUUCUCCUGUAUUUAAGCAUGAGUCCUUGAAUGUUUUCAAAGAAAGGAGCCACGUGAAAUUGGAAAGCUUACCUUUAUGUUUUGAAGCUUUUCUAUACUGCUCUUAUACCUAUCCUCUUCAAUCAUUUACCUCCCGUUGAAAGGUUUGAUCUGUAGCAAUUGUUCCUUGAGCCAUGGUGUACUGUGGGAAACCUUCGAAAGGAUGCAGCCAUUGCAGGCAGCGCAAAAUCCGAUGUGAUCAAGGUGUUCCUGCUUGCAGUCAAUGUAUUAAAGCACAGAAAGAGUGUUCCGGUUACAGGAAUAUGUUAGAUCUGGCGUUCAGGAACGAGAGCGAACACGUUAUCAAGAAAGCAAAUGCAAAGUCUCGGAAGACGCCUCCUAGAUCCAAAGAGGCGUCGCCCAUCCCCAAGAAAGAUCCCCGCGCUGCAGCCGUACCUGGACCAGCAACUCCCGUCCCAUCAAUUAUCGUAUCAAAUGUGACGAGUGACACCUUCCCAACAUUAUUCUCCGAUGACUGGCAGAAUACUGAAUCGGCCACACCAUCCUUCCCAUUUUGCAUGCAGCCGACUGCCCAGGAGAGUGGUUUCAAUUACUUUAUAUCCAACUUCGUCAGGCUACCCAAUGGCCCGUCGCACGGACAUUUCUCAUAUGUCGACCACCUAUACAGGACUGGUGCGCUCAAUGAUACAUUACAGGUAGCCAUCACGGCCACGGGACUCGCGAGCCAUGCCACCAAGACGAAAUCAGCAACACUUAUGGCUCGGGCCCGGAGAGAAUAUGCAUUGAGUCUUAGAAAUAUCAACGCUGCUCUGAUAUCGCCAACUGAACGUCUGAAGGAUUGCACAUUGAUGGCAAUUCUUGUUGUAGCUGUUUUCGAAUCAAUAGCAGGAGCCAAAUCGUUAUCCCUGAAAGAAUGGACAGAGCAUAUCAAUGGCGCUGCGACCCUCGUCAAAAUACGGGGUCGCAACCAACUCAAGGACCGAUGGAGUCGAGGUCUCUUUAUCCACGCCACAUCACACGUGGCGGUCAGUUGCAUGCAACGAGACGCUGCCAUGCCACCUCAACUAGUUGAACUUCGAGCCGAAGCGCUCAAAUUACUUCCAGUGGAUCCAGGCUAUCAAUAUUUAGGCACGAAUGACGCAUUAACAACUUUUCGUAACGCCCUGAAGACUGGGGCAAUUAAAGACCCAGAAGCCGUCAUUGCAAGGGCACUGACGAUUGACAAAGAUCUCGUCCGUUGCUUUAUUGAUGUGCCUCAUGGCUGGAUGUACGAGACAGUAUUUACGGAGACAGAUUGUGAGGUAGUGUUUGAUGGAUCUUAUGAUGUUUAUUUCGACCAUUGGACCGCUCAGCUGUGGAAUGCUAUGCGAGCAAAUCGCAUCAUGCUCCACGAAACUAUUCGCAGUCAACUCAUCCAAGGCUUCACAUCCACACCACCUCAAUUCACAGUCGAGUAUUUCCAAACACGGUUCCAAGAUUCCGUAAAAAUCUGCACCCAGAUGCGAGACGAGAUUUUCCGGGGCGUACCUCAACAUCUAGGAUUCGUCACCCGAAAACCCUUCACCUCACCCUACAGCUCGACGACUUCUUCGCCUCCUUAUAUGGCGGAUAUGUUCUCGGAAACAGAAGCUACAAGAUCACAGCUUCCUACCACCUCAUUCACAGACCUCCUUUCCGACAACACCUUCGACUUGCCCCCUCCAAAAGAAACCCUCGUCCAAGACCCAACACACCCUUCGAUCGGCGGCUACUUCCUCCUCUGGCCACUAUACGUCUCGGGCAUAACCCGGGUCUCCAAUGCGGAACACCGAAAAUUCGUCGCUAACACGCUUCAAUACGUGGGAGAAACGAUCGGGAUCAGAGCUGGGAGUAAUCUAGCAGCGUUUAUGCGGGAACAUAGUAUGCAGCCACCGCCGGCAAAUGAGAGUUGGAGGGGGAAGAUGGGUCCGGUUACUGCUAGUUCUAUAUCAGUGGAUGAGGUGUUGAUUGAUGAGAAGCCGAAGAGACCACUAAUUGAGAUGUUGGCUAGGGAGGAGAUGGAGAGGGAGGAGAGGCUGAGGGCUGGGAGGGCGGAGGUUGAAGGUAGAGUUCUGUAA